AUGAAGAAGAAACGGAUUAGGAAAUGGUUCGAUGGUCUGCUAAGGAGGGAUAAUGGCGAACAGGCUGCAGCAAGCGAAGAAAAAGAGGCGACCCUCAACGAGAGGAGCCUAGCCACUGGACUGUCGACUUUGCAGAGUGUCGAUGCGAUUAAGACAGCUGUCGAAAGCAUAAACGGCAAUUUAGAGCGCUUAAUCGCCAGAGCUGGAUGCAUUGACGAAAGAACCGCAGCAAUCCGGUCGAUUACAGAUACCAUUCAAGAGAAGACUCAAGAAAUCCCAUCCAAACAGGACGACCUGAUGGACAUGCAGAGGGAGAUGAUUGGUAUGCAACGAGUAAUCAUGGACCAAUUGUCCGAGCAGGCCAAGUUAUUCAGCCAAGCACUGAGAUUUUUGGAGCCACUUCAGAUUGGAAAUAAUUUUGGCAAGGAAGCCCGGACGAGUCUACUGAAACUUGACGUGGUUAAGUUGCGCCUAACUCGGUGGGGGAGGUUUGUGGGAUUGACUGAUCUGAACGAUGUGGGGUCUGCUCACGAAAUAAAUCUCGCUCGUGAAGACAUUCCAGAAAUGCAAGAUCUCCUCGGUGAAAUACUGGAGCUGAUCAGGGAAGCGGAUAAGCUUUCGGGCUGCUUCAGGAAUAAGAAUCCCGCAUCUCCGAAUAUGGAUCCCAGUCAGGAGCUGGCCAGAACCUCUGAAUCGUCUCAUCAGCAAGUCAAUGAUAUCAUUGGGGGGCAGGAGGGUGAAUUUAUUGUCAACCAGAAUGAGGCCCUGGCCAUUUACGAGAUGAAGGAUUUCUCGCGGUUAAUCCAAGACAUAGGUGGUCUGGUCAACGAUUUGACUGAAUUAUUCCCAGCGGAAAAUAAGCAGUGCGGGAUCUAUAAGAAUGAAGCUUCACGGAUGGACAAGGUCAAGAUUGGUCUGUCACUCCUUAAAGAGACUUAUGCUAGCCAGGAUGGUCUUUCGAGUGAAACAGUUGUCAAGGCCAAUCAGCCUACGAUUACCUACAAUAACUGUGUUAUCUUCACAGGGGAGAACUUUGGAAUCCAGAUGGGACAUAACGCUGGCACAAUUGACAACGUGCGAUUCGACCAGCAGAGUCGGUCGUGA